CAGACUCACUCCUGCCCACAGCGCUGACAGAGUCCGAGGAACACAGGCGGCUCCCAACGCGGUGCUGCAGCUCCGUCUUCUAUAAACGCGGCUUUUCUUAUUUAUUGGACAGUGUUUGAGUGUGAGUGUCCGAGUGUCAGUAUGGGUCCAGGGCCGCAGAGUCGCUGUGAAAAUGUUCACAGGUUCACCUCACACGAAGAAUAAUGCAUUUUGAAGAUGAGCUGUUAGUGAAGGAAUACGUCAAUAUGAUGACUGAUAUGAUAGUGUUGUGUUUUACUUUGGCUAUUUCACUGUCCUUCUGGGUCAUAUCUAUAACUGCUAGCACAUACUAUGGUACAUUGCAGCCUGUAUCUCCAUGGAGGUGGCUCUUCUCUGUUCUGGUACCCCUAAUUCUCACUUCUCGUGCUUUAAGGAAAAAGAGUCUUGAUCAUGGUGGUGCACUGGGAGCACUGCUGGUUGGCUUUAUUCUCACCAUUGCCAACAUGAGCUUCUUUUCAGCUCUGCUUGCAUUUUUCAUUACCUCCAGCAAAUUGACAAGAUGGAAGGGUGAUGUCAAGAAGCGCUUUGACUCAGAAUAUAAAGAAGGUGGCCAGAGAAACUGGGUUCAGGUUUUCUGUAAUGGGGGUGUGCCCACAGAACUAGCUUUGCUCUAUAUGAUCGAAGUUGGUCCAGGGGAGAUGCCUGUGGAUUUUGAAAAGCAGUAUUCUGCUUCCUGGAUGUGUCUGUCACUCCUAGGAGCUUUGGCUUGUAGCACAGGGGAUACAUGGGCUUCAGAAGUAGGUCCAGUUCUUAGUAAGUGCAAACCUAGGCUCAUUACCACCUGGAAGAAGGUCCCACCAGGUACCAAUGGAGGAGUCACCACAAUAGGUCUUAUAGCCAGCUUUCUUGGUGGAGCCACAGUGGGCACAGCUUACUUCAUUACUCAGCUGCUGCUGGUUAAUGAACUGCAUUUAGCUGUUCCUCAGUGGCCCAUCAUUGUUUACGGAGCUAUGUCUGGCCUACUUGGCUCAAUGCUUGACUCUUUCCUAGGAGCAAACAUGCAGUAUUCAGGGUAUGAUGAAAGCACUGGAAAAGUUGUAAAUUAUGAGUCGCCAACAGUCAAGAGAAUAUGUGGAAAACCCAUUCUGGAUAACAACGGUGUAAACCUUUUCUCCUCUAUCCUCAUAGCCUUGUUCCUGCCAGGAUUUGCAUGGGGAUUCUGGCCAAGGCACUGAAUUUUGAUAUUUUAAGUUUAGAUGGAUGUGUGGAUCUGGCAUGGAAGACAUUUUAAUUGUAAAUGUUAGUUGAAAUCUUCAAGUGUUUAUCUUUUAAUAUGUUUUAUCACAAUUGUUUUACAUUUUUAUGCACAAGUAACAAAUAUUUCAGUUAGACACGGAAAUAUACAUCUUUACAGUUUAUUUUAUAGUUGCCACUGUGCAGAUUUAUGUGCAAAUGCUGAUAUCAUGCCUGUAAUGAUAUGUUAAAAGCAAAGUAUGCUAAAUUAAGAGCUUACUAAAUUUUACUAUUCACAACACUUGUUGUUUAUUUACUUGUAGACAUAAUUUGUGGAAAGAAAAUCUUCUGUAAUGAUUGCAAAAAACUGUUCUAAAUAUCUUGUUUUCUUAAUAAAUGGUUCUUAAUACAGCAAAAUACUUUAUAUGUAGUGGGCAUUUAAAAAAAAUGCCCCCCUUUGCUGCAACUACACAUUUCUGGUAACUGUUGGUGGGUUUCCUCACAUUUACUGCUCCCUUCAGGUCUUUCCACAACAUAUUAAUAUAAUAAAGGUCAGAAAAAAGGA